UAUGGCAGUUUAAAUGGUGCCUCUGUUAGCUCAGCAAGAUGGGGAGAAAAGGAGUGGGAAGAGUCUUGUCCUUCCCUUUUGAGGUCUGCAAAAGCAAACUGCUGCAGCUUCUUCUUGCUUUGUAACAGAAUAUCAUGUACUAUGUGACUCUGAAUUGCUUCUUGGGGAAAACAAAAAGAAUAACUGCCCAUAUUAAAACACAGGGGAAGGGGGAGAGACCUGCUAGUUAAAAGGUACUUUCCUUAAGCUCUUUGAAUUACCUCUGAAAGUGAAUCUACAGUGUGAAACUCUUCCACAUGCUCCAAACUAAUGUCUGAAAAAAUUGUCUGAGCAUAUAAAUGUAAUGAAUAAAAGUUUAUUUUGGAAUUUAUCCUCCCACAUUGGAAAUAAGGUUUUCAUAUUCUGGGCCAAAGAGCAAUCCUAGCCAUUAGCUUAUAGUAAAGAAAUUUCUCACUUAUUAAGAGAGCUGAAAAGACAGCAAUCAUUAUGAUUUGGAUAUAGUAGGGGGGAAAGCAGCAAUGCAGAACGCUGGCACAAGGUUUUCCCCAUAGUAACAGGGUUCUAGAGGAACAGGAUGCUCAAGACCUAAAAAGAUCAGCUGUAGAGAAGUCUUUGUAAUUGCUGCUCUCUGGAGGCAAUAUAGCCAAGUGAAAGGCUCCCACUGCAACCAAAUGAGAGAACAAAAACACUUGAUUUGACACCAGUGCAGACUGUUGCUUUAGUUAAAUAAUGACCUGUUUUCACUGCUCCAUAUAUUCACUUGCUUAGAUUUUUCAUCUAAUUGUAUGGAACUUGAGAGCACUGCAAACGGAAACUGAAGCAGUUUAAUUUUUUAUGAUCAGAACUGCUUUGUGUCUCCCAAGAUAAAUGGAUAUGAUGCUUAAUUAGCUAGGAGAUGUGGUUGAGGUUACUAGGACACAUGUACACACCAUCUACAUGUUAUUCCUUAAAUGAGGUCAGAGAAACUGGUAUCGCUAGCAAGAAGCCAUGCUUCUGCCUUCCUUUUAUUUAUUUGAUUUUUUUUAUUGGAAGGAAAAGAAAGUAGUAUUUGUCAAAGUUCAAGAGUUUUAGUUCCCACUGCUCCAAAGUAUCACUACAUCAGAUUUUAACUACAGCUUUGCAAUGAUUUAAGACAAUUGUCAAAUUCAAACUUUCCAACAAUGAAGUGUUGUGGGAGGUGAGGCAAGGCUAAGACCUGCUACUCCUGUAAGACUGUUUAUUAAAUCUUUUUAUCAAUCCAUCCAUCACGGAACACACAUCAUAUAGUAUAUGGUGUCACUUAUAGAGGCUCUCAAGUUGAUGAAUCUAGCCACAUUCUCAAGGGAAGAAGCCACAGGGAUGAAAGAUGGGUAAUCCUUUCUGCAUUUGGCUUAAUUACAGACAUUCCACUGAAAGGUUUUAAUCUGCUCUCCAAAGACAAAUGCUUGAAGUACAACCAGAGGUGUAGUUACAAAGAGGGCCAAAUGAAGAGACUGCACUACAAAUAAAGAUACCGCCCGCCCAAAAUACGGCUCGAUGGACUAUCUGUCCUUCAAUGGAACUCUAAUGGACAUCUUUUGCAUUUAUUAAAUCCCAUCUCUCUUUCUGGGCUUCUUACUCUGGAGAUUUCCUGGCUUCUUUCUGUGCACAAGUAAUGACUGACUCAUCAGAAGGAUGUAACUGACAAGAGGCUCAAGUGGUUUGCAAAGAAAUGUAUCCUGCCAGAUCAGUUUGAAUCUUCUUAGAGAAGCAUGCUUAGUGGCUAAAACAAUUGGAGAAGAUUUGUCUUUCGGCAGGGCUAUAGGAGAAGUGGAGCUUAAAAAUGACUACACCACUGGUUCCCAACAACUCAUGUUACAAUUUGUUGCAGGCCAACAGGAAUGAGAUUAAAAAUAAUAAUGAACACAUAGUGACAGUGGGGGACACAAAUGCCAACCAAAUCACUUCUGAAGUCAGAACCUCUAGAGGAGAGGUAAGGACAAAUGAUUUGUUGGGAGAGACAAGAUGUUCGAACAAAGGAGAGCCAGAAAAUAUCACAAAAUUAGAUUUGGAGAAGAACAGGCUCCAAGGUACAACUGUCCACCUAGAGUCAAGACUGCCUUCUCCUACCAGCAGGGAAUUGUAUAGAGAUUAUAGGACUGAUGGGGUUAAGGACACUUCAAAGCUAGUCCCUAUUAGCCGAGGACAUAGUUUGUCCAAUCUGAGGAUUAAUACAAAUGAUACUUUUUCAGUAGUUCUUUCUAAAAGUGAUGCUGAUCUCAUUCAACAUGUUUCAAAAGACAAAUCACCUAGAAGGAUUGAGCCAGAAGGAAUAAAACGUCUUUCUUUGGGGAGAUCAAGAAAACUUAUGGCAAAAAACGAAGUUUUGGGGAAAGAAUUUGUUGGCCGGGUAUCAGGAAAACGCUUGCUUUCUGCAUCCUUGGACUCUAUUGACACUUCACAUCAUUUGGCUGGGGAGACUGAGAAAUCUCGGAAAACAUCAGCAGACCACUUUUUAGGCAUGGUGUUUCGCCCAACUGAUAGUGUCUCAGAGGGAAACAUCAUGCGUUAUUCGAAACCUUCACCUACCUCAGGAAUAAACACAUCAAAUGUCCGAGCAACACAACCAAGUAAGGACGAUGUACCAAAUUUUAACAAACAGAGCUCUUCUCGUCCUGCUCAUGUUGAUCUACAGUUAACAGUUAAAUCCAAUGAAAUUUGGAAAUCAGAAGCACAAUUAGAUCACCAGGGUGAUAAGAGGGGGAAAGCAGAAUUGAGGAGUCCACAGUCUAAGAGCAUAUGUCAACAAAAAAUUGACAGGGUUAUGCUGGCUGAAUUUCUCAGAUGUCAGACAGAGGGAGCAAAUAUGGUCGUGCAGGAUAAAAAGGAUUAUGGGACUGAAGAACACAAAGCAAAACCACUUUGGUUGCAAGAGUCUGGUGGCAAAGGAGAUGAUCCACACUUAAACAAAGGGCUUUACCAUGCCAGUGACAAACUGGUAAGAAGCAAUAACUCAGUAGGUUUAAGAAGGGGAAGCAGUCAUAGUGACAGCAUGGCAAUGAACCGAGGGAGUGAGGAAUGCAUGGUGGGAAAAGAAUCGUAUUCUGGGUCAUCUGGUGUUGAUGAUGACAAACUCAGUGCCACAAUAACACCUACAAGAAAUAGAAACAUACAUGAUGUUGAUGCAAGUUGUAAUCAAACAACUAGUGGGCAUCCAUCUAUGACACAUAGCAUAAGCAUACCAGAUAGCAAAUGUCUGAGCAAUAAUGAAGGUAAGCAGAUGCUUAUCAAAGCACACAAUGAAAAUGCUGCAGUGCUCACAUCUGAGCUGAAACAUCCAAAAAAAUUUAGUGAAGAAGAUAGAUUAGAUGGCCAUUCUCCCACUCAGGACAUUGAGGUAGAGACCACAGUCGAGAGCAAAAGCACAGGAAUAACUUCCAAGAGACAUGUUUCAAAUGGCAUGUCAGAGGGCUACAAAAUAUCAGAAACAACUGGCACCUUUCUGUGUGCCCCUACUCCUAUACGGCCUGUAGUGAAUGUGAAUGUUAACAAUCACACUACAGUUUCAAAUGGCAGUCUGAAGGACCUCUGUGCACUUCAUGUUGGCAAACUGCCAUCUGCUGCAGUCUUAUCUUCUCUUGAAGAUACAGAGUUGUUAAACCUAUCCCCCAAAGUGCCUGACACGACUGCCUCUAACAGUGGCAUCCCUAAGCCUAUUCUUAUAAAUUCCAAGGGUUCCCACCCAUCUAAGGAGGAUGGAGAGAGCUAUUGCAUUGAGAAGGCUGAAGACCAGAUUGAGGCAAAACCAGAGAUCCCCAAGCCCAAGCAUGUGAGACCGAAAAUAAUCACUUAUAUUCGAAGGAACCCCCAGGCAAUAAGCCAGCUUGAUCAUACAUUUGUUCCAGCUGGGUUACCCUAUGCUCCUCCUACUUGCACCAUGCCAGUAGCAACCAUGGAGCAAAAGUGUUCAAAUGAUGGAGACAUUAAACCUGGCAACAUUCUAUAUGACAAGUUUAAACCUGAUUUGCAGAAGCCUCGAAUUUACAGUCCAGGACUUGUGGUAUCUGGCAUUAAAGCUGCAAGCCAUCAUUUUGGUCAGAUGAAUGACAAGUUUCUCCAGGAGGUUGGAGAAAGGCCCAUGAAAGAAGAAUUUUGUCCUCCACCAUAUACUCACUAUGAAAUGCCUCCAAGCUUUUAUCGCUCAGCAAUGAUACUGAAGCCUCAGUUAGGACUCGGUGCCGUUUCCAGGUUACCAUCAGCAAAAAGCAGGAUUUUAAUUGCAAGUCAAAGGUCUUCAACUGGCUGCAUCCACCCACAGGGACCAAUAACUAGUGUUCCUACAAUUUUCCAUCCUGAUGCUACAGUUGAUCUUAAAAAGGGGUCCAGUCCAAGUGCUACGAAAUCCAAUCUUCCCAAGCCCUGCCCGUCUGGACUCCGUCCUCCUGGUUAUUCUCGGUUGCCAGCUGCUAAACUGGCAGCCUUUGGUUUUGUCAGAAGCUCAAGCGUCUCCUCAAUCUCCAGCAACCAAUCAAAUGACAGUGUCCAGAAUGAUCCAAGCAGGACAGCCAACCACAGGAAGGAAAAAAAUCAACAGAAGAAAUGUUCAAACUUAGGGAAUGAAGAGCAAAUCACUCCUAAGGCAGUGGAGACUUCUAAAGAAGCACCCAAGGGAACCAGUAGGACUCCACCACAGGCAUCACAUAGCACACCAGCUGCCCGUAAGAGUUUACUUCCAGCACCGAAGACACCCACAGCACCUGCUAGCUCAAAGAAAGAAGUGCAAAAAGAUCAAGAGGCUAACAGAACUCCUGUUUCAUCUCCAAAAAGACUGGUUGUAUCAGCUAGCAAGCUCCACUCACCAGGACACCCAAAACAAAGGUCAGCUGUUCCAAGAAAUGGAUUUUCUACAAAGCCAGACUUGCAGACUCGAGAGGCUGAGCGGCAGUUCAUCCAGCAAAUGAAAGAAAAGUGUAAUGAGCAGGCCAGGAAGCUCAGCUGCAUCCAAGAGGAACUUAAGAGAACCAGCUGCGGCUUUGAUGUCUUUGUUAUAACAACACAGCAUUUCUUUCAGAAGAACGAAAGCGCCCUUGUGAAGGAAAAGGAGCUCUCGGCGGAGCUUACAAACAUCAAAGAUGAAGUUGCUCUCAAUGCAGAGAAAUGUGAAAAAUUACAAAAAGAGAAGGAGGAGUUGGAAAAGAAGUUUGAGAAUAAGCUGAGGAAGAUUGGCUGGGAACAGCGAGAAGAGCUGCAAGCACUUGAAGAGCGACUGCAGUUGCAAUAUAGUGCUGAACUAGAGCACUUGCAAGAGGAUCACCGGAUGCAGCUUGCUAGAAUGAGGACUCAGCACCAAGAACAGGUGGAUGACAUUGUAGCACAUCAGGAAGCAUCAAUACUAGAGAUGGAAAAUAGCCAUACAUCUGCAAUUGCAGUACUUCAAGAUGAAUAUGAGCGCAAAGUUCAAGAACUGAAUUCUUCCCAUGAGCUGGAAAAAAAAGAACUUGAAGAGAAUUUUGAGAAGUUGCGUCUGUCAUUGCAGGACCAGGUAGACACCCUCACUUUUCAGAGCCAAUCUCUAAAGGAUAAGGCAAAGCGAUUUGAAGAGGCAUUAAAGAAAAACACUGAAGAACAACUAGAGAUUGCACUGGCUCCAUAUCAACAUUUAGAGGAAGACAUGAUUAGUAUAAAAGAAGUUUUGGAAAUGAAGAAUCAACUCAUUCAUCAACAGGAAAAGCGAAUCAUGGAGCUAGAAAAACUAGCUGAAAAGAACUUAAUAUUGGAAGAAAAGAUCCAAGUACUUCGACAGCAAAACGAGGACCUCAGAGUCCGCAUUGAUCAGAACACCGUGGUGACAAGACAGUUAUCUGAAGAAAAUGCAAAUCUUCAGGAGUAUGUUGAAAAGGAAAGCAAGGAAAAGAAGAGACUGAGUCGAACUAAUGAAGAGCUGCUGUGGAAACUUCAGACAUCUGAACCGAUCAGCCCUGUUAAACUGUCUCCAACCUCUCCAACCCACAUUUAUCGCUCGUCGUCAGGACCGCCUACCCCUGCGAAAGUGAGCAUGGUGCCAAGAUGACCAAGCCAAGACAGCUGGUUCAGAUGACUUAUCCCUGAUAAUAUCCCCAUCUGCUGAAUGUUAUCAACCAAGAAAGUAAUAACCACAGUAGAAAUAGAUGUCUGGAAAUGUUCACUGUAUCAAUCUACUCUCUAGCUGCAUAUGACUAGAUGGUCUGCUGUUGCGGUUUCCAGUAUCAGAAGCUCCUAGGAAUGACAUACUGAUGCCAUAGAAUAUCACAAUUCAGUGUAAUCUGUUGAACUAGAGCCAGAAGUAAAGGAAAAUGUCUAUGACUAAUUGCUAUUCACUCUGAAUGAACUUCUUUUUGCUGCAGUACUUCAGGUUAGUUACAAGUUCAUAUUUUGAAUAGCUAUGUGUGUAUGUGUUUGGGGCUCUAGUACGCAUAGAUGGUGCUGGCGUCCAUGCACAUAAACUGGGGUACAUGUAAGGCUGGCAUACACACUUCUGUAUAUGUAGCAGGAUCUCUUUUGAACUGCAUUUUUAUAUGAAUUCUACACUAAAAGUGCUGAUAUAUUUUCAUGACCGUCAGCAAUUUUCUAAUAUGUGCCUAAGAAUUAUACUGAAAUGAAAUAAUUUUUUGUUAAAGCUUCCCAGGAAUAUUUCUACCCAAACUAGAAGAAAGUUACGCAAAAGUAGAAGCACCUUCCAAAUGACCACCACGUGGUAUAUUUUCUAAAGCAAAACACCAGCGACUUUUAAAUUCUUAACUUGUUACUGCCUUCCAAAAUAAUUGAUUUUCUAAUUAAUGCUAGACAAACAUGGUCACUCAUCCUGUAGGACAAGUUUAGGACUCUUAGCAUUAUCCUAAGUAGAAAAGAGACUAGGAGGCCACCUCAAUUCAGUUUGUCAAAAUAUCUCCAUUUGUAACACAUAUGUGGCUGUUUUCAAAUGACUUUUUUGAAGCUUCUGGAUUAAUAAUAACAAGGCAAUAUGCGUGUAAGUAUGCCUUUAUAGGAUGACGUCCCCAUCACAAAAUGUAUUUUUGAUGCAAUGGUCAUGAAAUCUAAGACGAAUGGGUCACUCUACAAUUAACAUACAUGUUACAUUUGCUUCAAAAUUGAAGGUGUCUUGGAUGUUUUCCAUCCACAUUUUGCCCUCUUUCACAUAACGCAAUACCCAAUUCUAGAAGGGUUUUUUUUCCUCAUCCCACCCAAAGGUCUCAACUGUACCAUCAGCCCAAGCAGUAAGGGGCUGCUAAUGAUGCAGUCUGAAAAGUGCUGUCUAGAUUCCCUUAGUUGUGAUGUUCCCAAGGAUCUGAGAUCGCAUGCACUAUCAGCAUCCUCCUCAAUGUUGCCUAGAUUUAUGGGCAUCUGCUGUCAGAUUGGGAAGUAAGAUUAUCCUGGGCUGGGCAUGCUCAUUAGUACUAAUGAUGUGAGUAUAAUCAGCCUCACAACAAAAUCAUGAGGAGUUUUACUACCCAUCAAACCACUGGAUUUAACAACUCUUGUCUUUUUUACAGCCAUCUCAAGACUAUUACCCAGUGUAUAUUUAGUACCAGCACAGCAUAGGACAUUAGGACUGCUAGAACGUAGGCUGGUUUCCUAGAGAAUAGUGUAGCUGUCAAUUUAGUAUUAGACCUUAAGAAGGUUCUUAAACAUAAGCUAGACUGAUGAAGAGGAUAGAGCCAAUAUCCCUUAUUGUCUUUGAUGUUAUAGAAGAUGGGUUCCAGCAUGUAUCAGAUAUGUUAGACUUAGCUUGUGGGAGCGUUAAAUGUAGCGUUGGACAGUUGUGAAACACAAAUCAUAAGCAUAUGAAAAGUUGUUUUUAGAUAUCCAUGUGAUACGUUGAUUCUCAGCUGGUGGCAAAGACUCCACCCGUGUAUAAAGUGCAAUAUUGCACAGCCACCUCUUGAGUCCCUUCAAUCAGGGAAACAAAGUACCAAAGCCACCACGAGAAGAAAAAGUGGGAUUAGUCAUCAUCCUCAGUGAGAUUGUACAGAUAAUUUUAUGGGGCUGCACAGGCACCUGGGUAAGUGAGUCUAUGUGGUAGCUGGAUAUUUGACUUGCCUAUGAUGUGUAGGUUUAAGACAGGUGCUGUAAUUCAAGAAAUAGUUAGUGUUGGUUGAUUGCCACAUGUUUGUGGCCCAAUUCCAUGAUGUAUAAAUUAACAAGGUUAAUUUUUUAGGGAAAUUUAUUUUUAUAGUUGCCUUGCAUGAUACUGUGAUAUUGAGUACAUCUUUUUAGAUUAGGUUAUGCUAUGUUUGUAACUAUCACACAUGCCAGAACCGAAUAAAAAUCAAGAAUAGGAUACGUGUGGCAAUGAUCUACUGGUAUAAUUUUAGCCACUUUCCAUACUGCAAUUGUUAGAAGACUUAUGUGCCAUCACAAUGCACUUGUUUUGUUGUUCUGUUACAAUUUUGUGCAAUGUUGGGUCAUGCAAGCAAUGUUACCACAAUGUUGAUGAAUUUGGAUUACCUUAUGUUGCUUUGCAAGUUCUGUAUCACUCAUCACUUAGAGGCUAGUAAAGGAAGGUGGGUGGGCGGGAAGGUGGGUAGGUUCGGGUUGUCCAUGGGCUUCUCUGUUUAUGCUGCUUCUUCCACCUGUCAUCUACCACUUCCAUAUGCAACAAAUUGCUUCCAAUCAUAAUUGGGGGUGUUUGUUGUAGGGAACUGAUAAUAAUAGAUAAGGAAAAUGUGUGACUUUCUAGAUCUGGUUCUGCAAGUCUUAUUUCCCCCUGAUUAUUGGGCAUGCUGGCUGGGAUUGAUGGAAGUUGGGGAGGGGUGAUUGGAGAGUCCCAUGUUUCCUAUCUCUUAACUCUUAUCUCAUUUAUUUUGUACUGCUUCAGUAUCUCUGCUUCCAAAAUGGUGGGUUUGUGGUUCACUUCAAAAAACAAAAUAGCACACUAUAGAAGCCAGUCAGCCUCUAAAGUCUAUAAGCUAUACUGUACAAAAUGUCCUUUGUGUACCAUUUGGCUGUACACAUAAAGGUACAGCAAAUUAUAGUUGACAUGCAAAGAAUAACUAGCUUUAUGGUUUGGUCUUAUGUUUAAAGGAGUGGCAUCACUUUCAGGUACCACAAGCCAUUAUUGCAACUCAGGCAACUUUACAAAGCUGCAGCUGCUGUUUACAAUAUGUCACAGAGAUCUUCUGUUCAAAGGAUGUAGGGAGCAAGCUCAAUAGGCAUGUCCAAACCCUUUGAAUCUCUAUCCAUAUAAUAAUCUCCUGUUAUACUAAGGUUGGUAAAGAUAAAUGUAAGAUCAAACCCAAUGAGGAAUUUCAGUAUUUGGCUAGUUCAGAUGGAGCACAAAGGGAAGGAAAACAAGAAAUGGAAAGUUCAAGGAAAUUGGACCAUUCAUUCUCAUAUCUACUCUUGGACUAGUUUUGGUAGCUAUAACAGACUACUUUGGAAUCUUCUUCCAUGGAAACAAAUUGUUAGCAAGAGAGGAACAAAGUAUCUUCUAGAGGUGAUGGGAUGUUGCUACGGUAUUGGUCUUUUCUGUAUAACUUUUGGUCAAGGAUUCCCCCAUGCUGGUUCAGAGGAAGAUGCUAGAAAGAUAGGCCUUCUCAAAGAAAAACAGUAGUUUGGUAUCUCCAGCUCCAGAAAUGCUUGUGCCUAGAUUCCAUUCUAACGGUUCUUUCUCUAUAAGAGAAGAGAGGAAGGGCUUCCAAAUAUUUGUCUUCUCAUUUCUUAAAUAUAUUAAACAAAAUAUGUCUUCAGAGGUUAGAAAUAAGCCCGAGAAAAAGUAUCCAAGCCUAAAUACUAUGAAGAUCCUCCCUUACAUCCCCUCUAAUCCAGGAGACUAAGCAAGGUCAUAACUGGUUAGUAUCGGAAAGAGAACCAUUCAAAGAAUACCAGAUAUUAUAGACGAUAUUUCGGAGUAAGGAAAUGACAAACUAUCUCUGAGUAUUCCUUGUCUAACACAGCCUUACACAAUUAAUGGGAUUUCUUUAGUCAACAGGCACAUAAAAGGGUUUGUUUGAGCAGUUUGUAUAGCUUCUGUCUGUGCCUCCAAUUAUUAUCUUACCUAGAUUUGCAUACAACCCACUCAUCCUAGGAAGGCAAUAUUUGCUUCAUCUCUACUUCUGAGGCAACUCCAAAGUUGCAUUUAUUUUGUUAAAUAAAUGGUAGCACCCAUGUUCUUUGAAGAUUCAAAAGAAUCGGGUGCAAGAUAUAUGUGGAGUUUGUCUCCAAAAGGUACCAAAUCCCAAAAGAUUGAGUUAUAGGUGGCAGCACAUUGUUGGCUAGGAGUAGAAUAUUAUGUGCAGAUCAAACUUAUCAAACUGUAAUAAAUCACUUGAGGACAGGGCCUGGAAAAUUGCAUUUUAUAGCAAAAGAAUGCACAUCCUAAGCACGUUUAUUUUUAUAUUCCUCUAGAAUCAUUCAGGUGGUGGAUUUGGUACUUUUUGGAAACAAACUCCACAUAGGUUCUUGUGCAAUUCUGCUUUACUCCGAACACACGAAUGUGAACUAUUUUGUGUCAGAAUUUGGUGAUAGGGCACUUAGGUCACACAAGGCUUCCCACUAAAAGACAGGGGCCAGGAAGGCAAUGUUUACCUUUUUCCUCUGCUACUUUUGAUGAUCUUAUCAAGAACUUAGGUUUGCAAGGAGAAAUUGCAAAUCCACCCCUUUCCCAUCCCUUCAACCAGAUGAAGUUGUAUGGUAUGAGGUAAGAACUAUUUUGGAUUUAACCAAGAGUUGUUAUCAUAGGAAAGCCCUUGAAAUCAAAUUGCUGAGUAUAGCUUAGGGUGCAAGUGCUUGAAGUAUGAUUCAGUACUUCUUCUCACCACACUUUCAGACAUUGUUCAUAGACCGUUACAUUCUCACCUGUCCCUAAACCUCUCCAAAAUAUGUGAGGGUAUACAUAUAACAUUCAUAUACAUUCAGCUUCAGACAGAUAUAAGAAAUGGGUGAAAUGCGUUUUCAAACUCUGUGGUGUAAUAUAUCCAUCUCUCCAAAUUUGCCUCAGAAGUCCACAAAAUUCAUUCUCAAUGACUUCUAUUAGCAAGGCCCUGUUGGCUUAGGAAUUUAAAGAGAUGCUAAACCAGCACCUAGAGCAGCAAAGGAGUAAAGGUAGAAAACAGCAUACUUCCUGUUAUGUAAAAUACAUACAUUUUCCCACUAACAAAUCAGUGGGGACUGGAUGGCGAGGAUCUCUUUUACACUAAAUACAAAUAAUCCAAAUCAGGUAUUACUGUUUUUUUUUUUCUUUCUGCACUGAUUACAAUUGUGUCCCAUGGACACCUGGUGGAUCCUUAUGUAAAGUUUCCCCCAUCCCAUACACAAUAAGAGUUUGUGGUCUGACUUGAUAUAUAGCUAUUUGAAUUACAGGAAAAAAGUUUGUAUUAUUUCAUUUGCUGUGUACAGGUGUCUGUAAUAUAUAUUCAUGAUAAUAAAUACAUGCUCCAGCAUUAGUAUCUCUA